GGUCGCUGUCACUGCUGUUCGGGGUCGCGGUGGUCAAAGUCGCCACUGAUGGAGUUCGUCGCAGCUCUGUCACCGUUCUGCUCUCUGGGAGUCGUCAUUGGAGCCGCCGCUGCUCUAUUCUUGGUUUCUUUUUGGUACAGAUUGAGUUUCGGGUCUUGCAUGGCGAGUUUGAUGACUGUUGUUGACUGUGGGAAUGGUCGGAUUUGAAGUCGCCGCUGCGAAAUGAGAGUUUUAAGGGUUUUGUCGUGUAGUCAAGUCGCAACCAAGGCCGGAGGUUGAGUUGAUUUGGUAUGGGCCAUAGGCCGUGAUUGGUUGGAUCAAUGAUUCUUGCCCUAAUUGGCUGCUACGAGGCUUUGCACUCUUUCGAUUGAAGAAAAUUACUCAACUUGUGAUACAACAGAGGUUGAUAAGAUGACUAUCAAAGCACCUGGAACACCAGCUUCAAAGAUAGAUAGGACACCGGUAUCAACCCCAGGAGGGCCUAGAGCCAGAGAGGAGAAGAUUGUAGUUACUGUAAGGCUAAGGCCUUUAAACAGAAAAGAACAAUUGGCUAAGGAUCAGGUGGCAUGGGAUUGCAUUGAUGAUUUUACGAUUGUGUAUAAACCGCCCGCAAAUGAACGUGCUGCUCAACCAGCAUCGUUUACCUUUGACAAAGUUUUUGGUCCUGCUUGUUUAACCGAGGCAGUGUACGAAGAAGGGGUAAAGAAUGUGGCUUUAUCUGCAUUGAUGGGCAUUAAUGCAACUAUUUUUGCUUAUGGACAAACUAGCAGUGGAAAGACGUAUACAAUGAGAGGAAUAACAGAGAAGGCUGUCAAUGAUAUUUAUAAGCACAUAAUGAAUACCACAGAAAGAGAUUUCACCAUAAAAAUAUCUGGACUAGAAAUUUACAAUGAGAAUGUUAGGGACUUGUUAAAUUCAGAAUCUGGUCGCAAUCUGAAGCUUCUAGAUGAUCCUGAGAAAGGUACUGUGGUUGAGAAAUUAGUUGAAGAAACAGCAAAAGACGAUAAGCAUUUGAGACAUUUGAUCUCUAUUUGUGAAGCUCAAAGGCAAGUUGGUGAAACUGCUCUAAAUGAUACCAGUUCGCGGUCUCACCAGAUAAUAAGACUGACAAUUCAAAGUACUCUUCGAGAAAAUGCAGAUUGUGUGAGAUCCUUUGUUGCAACUCUGAACUUUGUUGAUCUGGCUGGAAGUGAGAGGGCUGCACAAACUCAUGCUGAUGGCACAAGGCUCAGAGAAGGUUGCCAUAUUAACCUCAGCUUGAUGACUCUUACAACUGUAAUCAGGAAGCUAAGUGUCGGGAAAAGAAGUGGACAUAUACCUUACAGAGAUUCAAAGCUCACACGUAUAUUGCAACACUCACUUGGUGGGAAUGCACGCACUGCCAUUAUAUGUACUUUGAGUCCAGCACUAAGCCACGUAGAGCAAUCUCGGAACACUCUCUACUUUGCUACUAGAGCAAAGGAAGUAACAAACAAUGCUCAAGUUAACAUGGUUGUUUCAGACAAACAACUUGUUAAACAUUUGCAAAAGGAAGUGGCAAGGCUGGAGGCAGAGCUGCGCACUCCUGAUCCCACUAAAGAAAAGGAUUGGAAAAUUCAACAGAUGGAAAUGGAAAUCGAAGAGCUGAGGCGCCAGAGAGAUCUAGCUCAAUCUCAGGUUGCAGAGUUACGCAAAAAGCUACAGGAUGACCAGCAGGUCUCAAUCCCACCUGAAUCACCACAUUUACCAGUCAAGAAGUGUCUCUCAUUCGCUGGAGCACUAUCAUCUCCAAAACCAGAGCGAAGAAGCACAACACUAAGACAGUCCAUGAGGCAAUCAUCUACUGCUCCUUUUACCCUUAUGCAUGAAAUUCGAAAACUUGAGCACCUUCAGGAGCAGCUUGGUGAAGAAGCCAAUAGAGCUUUGGAAGUAUUACAAAAGGAAGUUGCAUGCCAUAGACUAGGUAACCAAGACGCAGCUGAGACGAUUGCCAAGCUUCAAGCAGAAAUAAGGGAGAUGCGUGCUGUUAGGUCUGCACCGAAGGAGGUUGAAGUUGGAAACAUGGUUUCUGUAAACAAGAGUGUAAGUGCUAAUCUCAAGGAAGAGAUCACCCGACUUCAUUCACAGGGCAGCACCAUUGCAAAUCUUGAACAACAGCUUGAAAAUGUUCAAAGGUCCAUAGACAAACUUGUGAUGUCUCUCCCAAACAAUUUUCAACAGUUAACCAGUGAGGCUUCCCCAAAGCACAAAAAGGAACACAAAAAGAAAAAGUUGCUUCCUUUGACUUCAAGUAGUGCUGCCAAUCGCCAAAACUUCAUAAGAUCUCCAUGUUCACCGUUAUCAACUACUGAGCAAGUAUUGGAAUCUGAUAUUGAAAAUAAAGCCCCUGAGAAUGAUGAUAUCGUUUCUAUUGAGACUCUGCCAGAGUCCGAAAAGGAGACUCCAUCAAAAAGUGGAGAAAGUGGAUGUAUUGAGUCAAAGGAAAAUGCUCCGGGUUAUAGGCGCUCGAGUUCAGUAAACAUGAAGAAAAUGCAGAAAAUGUUUCAGAAUGCAGCAGAGGAGAAUGUAAGAAGUAUCAGAGCAUAUGUUACAGAAUUGAAAGAACGUGUAGCCAAGCUGCAGUACCAAAAGCAGUUACUUGUUUGCCAGGUGCUUGAGCUUGAGGCAAAUGAAGCAAAUGGCCACAACAUAGAAAAUGAAGAGUACACAUGUGAAACAGAGGAACCGCAAGUUCCCUGGCAAAUUACUUUUAGGGAGCAGCGGCAGCAGAUUCUUGACUUGUGGCAUUUAUGUCAUGUCUCCAUUAUUCAUAGGACCCAGUUUUAUUUAUUAUUCAAAGGAGACCCAGCUGAUCAAAUAUACAUUGAAGUUGAGCUCAGGAGACUGACAUGGUUGCAACAACAUUUAGCAGAACUUGGGAAUGCAAGCCCAGCUCCUCGUGCUGGAGAUGAACCUGUAAUCUCAUUGUCAUCAAGUAUGAGAGCCUUGCGACGAGAAAGAGAAUUCCUGGCCAAGAGAUUGACGACUCGUUUAACGCUGGAGGAGAGGGAAGCAUUGUAUAUUAAAUGGGAUGUCCCAGUUGAUGGGAAGCAGAGGAAGAUGCAAUUUGUCAGCAAGCUUUGGACAGAUCCUCAUGAUCAAGUGCAUGUACAAGAGAGUGCUGAGAUAGUUGCAAAGCUUGUGGGUUUCUCUACAGGGGGAAACUUGUCAAAGGAGAUGUUUGAGCUGAACUUUGUCCUUCCAUCUGAUAAGAGGCCAUGGAUGAUGGGCUGGAAUCAAAUAACAAAUCUCCUUAACCUGUAACAUAUUCUAAGUUUGUAAAUGUACAUGAAAAUUAAUUUUUGGUACCUUUACUCAAUCACAAUUGAUUAUUUUGGACAUUUUUUCUGCAAUAAACCAAUCCAAUUCCACUGGAUUUCCUAUUUUACAUAAAGAAUGUCUUCGAUAUGAAUAUCGCAGCUUUGGUGGGAUUUAUGUCAUAGUUCUGAUUUUAUUUGUAUCAUGUGUUCUGUGUUUAUAUUUAUCCAACACUUUGAGACUUCUCACAAAAACUGUAAGGACCAUCCAAUUCGUCUGAAUAUGCCAUUGUUGGAUGUUGA